AUGAAUAACUAGGAUUAAUCCAUAAUGGUUGAUCAAGAAUUUAAUGAUAAGAAUCUAUUUAGUCAUUAUCAAAAAAUGAGAAAAACUAAUGCUAAAUUAAAUCCUAAUAUUCACCUUUAGGACUAUUAACUUAAUACUAUCAAUAGAUAUCAUAUAGGAUACCUAGACCAACCACAUAUUAAAUCUACUCAAAACAUUUCAAUCAAUAAGCUUCAAUUACAGAAGUGCAACUUGCAGAAGCCACUCAGUAAAGAACUCGAGAAAACUAAAGAACUUCUCAACCGAAACUCAACAGUCCUAGAUUUAAACUCCAAAAACAUGUUUCUCCAGAGGCAGUCAGGUUUAGGAAAGCUUAAACCAAUUACACAAAAGGAAAUACUAGUAAAUCCAAUCUCAUAGACAUAAAGAUUAAUUACUAAAAAAGCAAAUGAAACCCCUGUUAUUGAUGUACGCAAUAACAAUUACACAGAACAGAAGCCAGCCUCUUUUCGUUAUAAUGAUAUGCAAUUGAGUCAAUAUUUGGAAGAAUUUAAAUUGCUCAAGUAAGAAACUCUAAUAACAGUGAUUUAACCUCAUGUCUAAUAGAAAAUAAAUAGAAAUUCAUACAAUUACACUUAAACAUCAAACAGAUAAUAAACAAUUAAUCAUUAUUAUCAUAGUAUAGUCCCAAAAAGUAAAGUAAAACAAAGAUAAACUAAUAAUGAUUCCUAAAAACAGAACCUAACUCUAAGUGGAUGGAGUGAUUAUUCAAAUAAAUGA